AUGUACAAGCAGCUGCAAGGUCAAGAAGAUCUGACCGGAUAUGCACGCAGUGUAGGAAAGUCCCCAAGGGCCGCAUCCACGGAUGCCAAGCAGUACGAGAACUCUACAAUCGAAGGCGAAUCGGAUAUAUCGAACUCGAAGCCUCCUACCUACGAGCUGGUCAACGACAAAGCAUACCACGAUGACGACUUUCUCCUGCUGGCAAGAACUCUGGAGCCUGACUGUCCCGUCCCUACGAAGAAGCGCUUCUUUACAGGAUGGCGCAUGGGCGCGCUCGCAUCGGCUACCUGCGCUAUAUUGGUGUUCAGCAUGAAUCUCGCGGUUACGAUCUGGGUCUGGAAGAACCCCGAUUACGAGCAUGCGAAUGGCGUCGGGACAUUAUUUCAAGGCAGCUGCUCUACUGUUAGAGAAGUGAACGUCUACGUCCACUUAGUCGUGAACAUACUCAUAAGGGAUUACAAGUUCGACCCCUCCGAUGUGGUCGUGUUGAGGAACGGCAGCACGGUGCCCAAAUACAGGAACUUCAGCAUAUCCGAAUGUCUUACAGCAUACGGCACGCAGUAUGUUUCAGCAGUUGGGAAUUUGUACUUGAUCCAAGCAAGCCCGACGGUUCUGCGGGACGCUACUGCCUGGAUUGGUCGACGUUAUCGGAACGGCUCUCUCGAAUGGGUGUUUCAAACACUGGACACGAAAGAAGAGGACCUCAAGAACAAUACUUAUGUUACCGAAGCCCCAAAUCAACAACUUCCGGUGAUGAGCACGCCAGAAAUGUAUCCUUCCAAUGGGUGGCGCUGUCUGCCUCAUCCUCCUGUCAAUUGCGAUCCUGACGAUGAGACCGCAAUUCCAAGCAAUCGAUUAGCGUGGCAACUAUUUGAAGUACCCGUGGCAUACUGCACUAUCGAACAAGUUGAAGAGUUUUGCAAGCUGCAGUUUAGCUUUACUAUUGCUAUAGCGGUUAUUGUGGCCAACUUUGUUAAAGCAGUUUGUAUGCUACUAUUGCUUUGUCUGUAUUAG